AUGGAGUUUCCUCGACCUGAAGUAACAUCCAUCAAAGUCUUGCUGUCCAACGAAGACCCUGCCAUAACCUUCCGGCCAAGUCAGAAUCCAUGCCAAAUAUCGGAAUCUAAAGUCGUUGAACCCAUUCAUACUAUCAGAAGCGUAGACGGUGCAUCGGACACGGAUGGAGAGUCCUCCAUGCCAAAACCAACAAGAUCCAAGACUGAUCCCCUGACUCCGAAACGAAUCGAAUCACCUCACUUUUGGAAGCCUACAAAAGCCAGCAGGGCCAGGAGCCAAGCGACAAGAGCAAAAGCCAGUCGGAAGAAUACAAGUGGCAAUGAGACCGUUGUAACGAAUUUCCAGGAUACCAAGAAGAGUACGGAUGCUGAGGAAGCAGUCACAGUGACUAGCCAGUCAGAGAGCACAUCUAAUGGAGCCAUUCCUUCGGAUAUGACCGAGAUAUUUGUGGUGUUGCAAUAUGAUAGCUUGUUCCCACAUUGCAAAGCCCAGGGUGUUUUUAUGAACAUUGUUGAUGCAAACAACAAGGUCAUCGAGCUUUUCAACGAAGACGAAGCACAAAGGGGUAGUGGAGAGAAUCGAGGCAAAGUCCAACCAUACAUAUCCGAACAUGGUUGUCUGCAAUACUACAGACAUAAGACCAAUCCAAAGGGUAUGGUAUGGGUUACCAGAGCUCCAUUAUACAGGAGCAUGGCUCAUUCGCUUGCUCCCUGGCCAAAUGAGGAGGAGAUGACGGUGUUGUGGAGUACUUCCGGACCUGCUAGGAGGAGAGCUGCGGGAUGGGAUCAGAAGCGUUGA